UUAUAAGUGUGUUUCAACUCCUAUAUUUAUGGAAUUUAAUUAGGGUGCCUGUUUCUGUUAUGGUAUAAAAAUUAAACAAUAUCUUUACUAGACGGUCAGAAAAUGUCAAAUUUCGAAGAACUAGAGAAAAGGCUUUAUGACAUACUGCAAUGUACAAUUUGUCUAAAUCUCCCGAAAGACACAGUUUACCAGUGCACAAACGGUCACCUGAUGUGCCCUGGUUGUCUGACGCGGCUGUUGACGGAGGUCAAGUUGGAGAAAGAAGACGUAACGUGUCUGCACUGUCACUGUGUCAUCAGUCAACGCAACGUUUGUCGCAAUGUCAUAGCCGAGCUUGUCGCUGCCGAGUUGCCCGCCUCCUGUCGCUUGUGCAACACCCAGAUGUCCCGCAAAGGUCUGGAGCAGCACGAGCUUGAACUGUGUAGUGAGAGGGUAACAGAAUGCCCAUACAAGGCGAUAGGUUGUAGAUGGCGGGGACCACACAGAGAGUCUGGAGCGCACGGAAUGAGAUGCCCAUUGUCCAACAGAUCUGGUGCCGAGAUCUUGAAGACACUUGUCGAAAGUGAUCACCAAUACCAGAAGCAAGUGGAACAGUUCGGCUCUAUCUUUAAUCUGCUCUCCACACAGAAGAUUAUUCAUCAAGAUAUAGAAUUCGGAAUUUACAAAACCAGUAAAGUUGGAGGGCUUUCUGAAAUCGAUUUUUUCGAUACAAUUUCGUUUUCGGCCUUCAAGAAUGAGUGGAGAUUGGAGGCAAGGCUCAUCAGACACCCCUUACAGCCAAAACUGAUGUACCAGCUAAUUUUGGACUCCAGUGAAAAGUUUCCAUGCACUCUUAAGUACAUGCUGCUGCAAGGACCUUAUGGCUACUUCAAAGUACAGCCGAGGAUCGUCAAUUUUCACUUCAGUGACACAAGCGAUAUUGGCCCAGAGGUGGAAGUGACACUUUCUGACCCGUCUUUAUACACCAUUCUUGUUGUUGGGCAAUAUUUAAAAUUCAGAUUAAUAAUGUUUCUUCUAACAAAAGAAGAAAAUGCAGAUGAUUGACUAAGCUAUGUGGACCUUUUGAUACGAGGUAUAAGGUACCAAAAACCCACAAAAUUCGCAAAGAAUGAAACUGGUCAUUUCUAUUCCUUUAUGUAUUAAAACGCUAAAGGGUAAAUUGUUGUUCUAAAGGGUAAACUGACAAUUUCCAAAGUGAUUAAAGAUCUUAUCGACUUAUCGUGCCUGAUUAAAGUUAUACUAAAUGCCAA